UUUACUUUCACUUUCAAAGCCGGACUGACAGCAGCAAGUAAUUCAGCCAUGAAGGAAAGGAACAAAUCUCCGUAAAGAGAAGAGAAGGAAUAAAGCUGCAAAAUGCGAACUGAUGGGAGAAUUGAUUAAGCCGAUUUAAAGCAGAGGAUUUCGUCACAAACUGAUAAUCAAUCACUGGCAGGUUCUUAAACCCAGCAGUUGGUUUUCAGCUGAUUUAGUCUCUGACGUUUCCAGCAGAGCGACGUCAUGGCAACAGCAGGAUCAGUGACAGAUGAUCUGCAACCAGUGAAGCGCAGCAGCAGCUGUCCACAUCUGCAUCCUUACAUGACAGAUGAUCUGCAACCAGUGAAGCGCAGCAGCAGCUGUCCACAUCUGCCUCCUAAGAUGUCUGAGCUGAGGGUUGUUCUGCUGGGGAACAGCUGGUCUGAGAGGAGUUCAGUGGGGAACUUCAUACUGAGAAAGACUGAGUUCAACACUGAGGAAGAACCAGACUGCUGUCAGAGAGUCAGAGCACAGCUGAAGGAGAAACACAUAGUUUUCAUCAACACCCCAGAUCUGCUGCAUUACAGCACAUCUGAUGAGAAACUAGGAAAAUAUGUGGAGAACUGUGUGAGACUCUCUGAUCCUCAUGUGUUCUUACUGGUUCUGCAGAUCGGGAGUUUUACACCGGAGGAGAAAGACUCUGUGAAACUGAUCAAGAAAUAUUUUGGGAGAAAGUCUGGAGAUUUCACCAUCAUUAUAUUCACCAGAGGAGAAGAACUGGACGAUCAGUCAUUUGAGAGUUACCUUAAAGAUUGUGACGACUUUGUCAAACAACUAAUAAACGACUGUGGAGGAAGAUAUCAGGUCUUUAAUAACAAAGAUGAAACAAACCGCACACAAGUCCAGGAGCUGCUGACCAAGAUCGAAACCAUGGUGAAGCUAAAUGGUGGCAGCUGCUUCACUGCUGAGAUGUUUGAUGACACAGAGGAAUCCACAAAAAUACAAGUGGAGAGGAUGAGGAAAGAGAAGGAAGAAGAGAUGAAGGAGAUGAAGAGAAAACAUGAGGAAGAAUUGAAAACACUGAGAGGAGAAAUUGAACAGCAGAAAGAACUAAGAGCAAAACAGCUGAAGGAGAAAGACGAACACAUCAACAAGGACUGUGAGGAGAGAAAGAAAGAACAAGAUGAAGAUGAAAAGAGAUGGAAAAAACAAGAAGAAACUCUACAACAGGAGUGGAGAGGAAAACUGGAAGCUUCUGUUCAGUCAGAAAGAGAGCAAAAGGAAACUGCUGAGAGGAAUCUGGAGCAGAGUAGAAGAGUUGUAGAAGAGAUGAAGAGAGAUCGAGAGGCCUGGGACAAAGAAAGAAAGGACAUGGUGGAACGAAUGCAGAACCUAAAACAGGAGGAAGAGAAAACAAGACUCAGAGAGGAGUGCCAUCUGUCUGAGCUGAGGGUUGUUCUGCUGGGGAACAGCUGGUCUGGGAGGAGUUCAGUGGGGAACUUCAUACUGGGAGAGACUGUGUUCAACACUGAGGAAGAAGCAGACUGCUCUCUGAGAGUCAGUGGACAGCUGAAGGAGAAACACAUAGUUCUCAUCAACACCCCAGAUCUGCUUCAUCCCAACAUCACUGAACACAAACUGACUGAGAUUAUAGAAAACUGUGUGAGAGUCUCUGAUCCUGGACCUCAUGUGUUCCUGCUGGUUCUACAGCCUAAAGACUUCACUGAGGAACAGAAACUGAAGCUCUGCAGAGUCCUGAAACUCUUCAGUGAUCAAUCAUUUGAUCAUUCACUGGUUCUGAUCUCAACACCCAGAGAGGAGCCACCGGGUUUCAUUAUGAAAUAUAUGCAACAUCCACCAUUAGGAGACUUUAUCAGAAAAUGUAGAUCCAGGUUGUUGUGGCACAAGAACCUUGGACAUCAACAGCUGUUAACACAUCUGGAUCGAGUGGUGAAGGGGAACAAUGGAGAUCAUGUGAGCUGUGAUGUUUUCAAAGAUGCACCAUCAGUCUCAUCGAGGGGUCAUCAAGGAGAAGGAGUCAGUGUCAAGCUGGAUCCUGCUGAAGCUCCAGGUCCAGGAUUUUCCAUGUCAGGUUUACUCUCUUCAACAAGAAACUAUUUCCCCAACUUGAUGAAACCUCGGUCUACAUCACAGACUCCUUCAUCAGUCCAAAGCACAAGCCACCAGUUGUCUGGACUCAGGAUUGUUCUGGUGGGAAAAAGUGACAACAAAAAGUCAAAGCUGUGUGACUUCAUCCUAAAGAAUCUGAGUUCUCGUCUCCAAAAACAACGUGAGGUGGAGACGUGGAGAGGAAGACCAUUAACAGUGGUGAAAGCUCCAGACAUGUUCAGUCUGUCUGAGGAAGCAGUGAUAGAAGAGGUGAAGAAGUGUGAGACUCUUUGUUCUCCUGGACCAAAUGUUCUGCUGCUGUUAGUGAAACCUUCAAAGUUCACUGAGGAGAACAGACGAACACUGAAGUUCAUCCUGAGUCUGUUUGGUCCAGAUGCUUUUAAACACUCGAUGGUCGUCAUGACAGAGAAGAAGAGAGGAACACAACACACUGUCAAUCAGCUGCUUCAAGACUGUGGAGGAAGACUCUACAACAUGUCUGAAGAUAAACACCAACUGUUGAUGCAGAAGAUUGAGAACAUUGUGCGUGAAAACAAAGAAACCUUCCUCACCUUCUCUGAAGAGCCUGAACACAUGAAACCAGCUUUAAACCUGGUUCUGUGUGGGAGGAGAGGAGCAGGGAAGACUUCAGCAGCCGAGGCCAUUUUAGGUCAGACAGAGCUUCAUUCAGUCUCCAGCUCAUCAGAGUGUGUUAAACAUCAGGGAGAGGUGAGAGGACGUCAGGUUUCCCUGCUGGAGCUUCCUGCCUUGUAUGGAAAACCUCAGGAGGAAGUGAUGAAGGAAUCAUUCAGGUGUAUCUCCCUCUGUGAUCCUGAGGGCGUCCAUGCCUUCAUCCUGGUCCUACCUGUGGGUCCCCUCACUGAUGAAGACAAGGGAGAGUUAGAGACCAUCCAGAACUCAUUCAGCUCUCCAGUCAAUGACUUCACCAUGAUUCUGUUCACUGUGGAGUCAGAUCCUGCAGCUCCAGCUGUUGUUGACUUUAUAGGAAAGAACGGAGACAUCCAGGAGCUGCUUCAGAGCUGUGGAGGAAGAUCUGUUGUUGUCAACGUCAAGGACAAACAGCAGAUCUCUGAGCUGUUGGAGGCUGUGGAAAAGAUGAGACACAAUAAGGACUCACCAUGCUGCUACACAACUGAGACAUUUGCACAUGCCCAAAUAGGGAAGAUCAUACAACAAGAGAAACACAUCAUCACACUGCAGACUGAACUUGAGAACUGGAGAACUAAAGGCAAAGUCACUUGUGACGAUGAGACUCAGAGUCCAGAGUGUCUCAGGAUUGUGCUGAUAGGAAAGACUGGCUGUGGAAAGAGCUCUACAGGAAACACCAUUCUGGGAAGAGAAGAGUUUAAAGCGGAUAUUUGUCAAACAUCAGUCACCAAGUUUUGUCAGAAAGCACAGGGUGAAGUGGACGGUCGUCCUGUUGUUGUGCUCGACACUCCUGGUCUGUUUGAUAAUAGUUUGUCUCAUGAAGAAGUUAAUGAGGAGAUGGUGAAGUGCAUCAGUCUUCUGGCUCCAGGACCACAUGUCUUCCUGUUGGUGUUACAGAUCGGACGACUCACACCAGAGGAGAAGGAGACACUGAAACUCAUCAAGGAAGUCUUUGGGAAGAAUUCUGAGUCGUUCAUCAUCAUUCUUUUCACAAGAGGAGAUGAUGUGGAACACAUGAAGCUGUCGAUGGAAGAAUACAUCAAAAAUAAAUGUGAUGAUUCCUUUAAGAAGCUGAUCUCUGACUGUGGAGGAAGAUACCAUGUGUUUAAUAACCGUGAUGAACAAAACCACAAACAAGUCAGUGAGCUGAUAAACAAGAUUGACACCAUGCUGAGAAAUGGAGGCAGCUGCUACACUAAUGAGAUGCUGCAAGAGGCUGAAGCAGCGAUACAGAAGGAAAUGAAGAGGAUCCUGAAGGAGAAGGAGGAGAUGAAGAGAGAGAGGGAAGAACUAGAAAGAAAACAUGAGGAAGAAAAGGAAGUCAUGAAAAGAAGAAUGGAAGAAGAGAGAGCAAAAACUGAACAAGAGAGAAAACUGAGAGAUGAACAACUCAAGGAAAUGGAGGAGAAGAUAGAGAAGGAGCGUGAGCAGACACAGAAAGAACAGGAGAAGAGAGAAGAAGAAGACAGGAAGAAGAAACAACAGGAAGAAACUCAACAACAGGAGUGGGAACAAAAAAUUAAAGACCUGGAGAACAAAAUAAGAUCUGAAGCAGAAUCAAAGGAAAUCUGUGACCAAAAGCUGAAGGAGACUAAAGAGGUGAUGAAAACACAACAAGAGGCCUGGGAGAAGGAACGAAAUGAGUGGUGGGAAAAACGAAAACAAGAAGAUGAACAGAGACGACGGGAGGAACAAAGACUUAGAAAGCUCCAAGAAGAAUAUGAGAGAGAGAGAGUUAGAUCUGAAAACAAGAGAGAAGAAGAGGACAGAAUGAGAAGAGAGCAGGAAGAGAAACUUAAAGAGAUAGACAGAAAAUAUAAAACAGAAAUAGAGAAAAUGAAGAAGAAGCAUGAGGAGGAGGCCAGAAAACAAGCUGAAGAAUUCAAUGAGUUCAGAGAGAAAACAGAGGAGAACUUUGCAGCUCUGAUAGACAAACACAUGAAGGAAGUGAUGGAUCUGAAGAAACAACAUGAGAAACACAUGCAGGAGAAACAGGAGGAAUAUAAAAACUUUAUGGAUCUCUCAGAACACAAAGAAAAGACUCUGAAACAAGGUAUGGACGAACUGCAGGACAAACACAAACAAGAGAUGACCGACUUGAUUCUGCUUCUUCUGACCCGAAAGAAAGAAAACAGGAGCAAAAUAAGUUCAAUGCAGAAAACACACAGAAAAGAGAUGGAGAACCUUAUGAAAGAGCUUUCAAACGAAAACAGGAGAGAAGAGAAGGAACAACUGGACGAAUUCAAGAAAAGACACAAAGAAGAAAUGAAAUCCUUGGACAGAGAACUUCAGAACCAAAGUAAAGAAGAGAAGAAGACGAGAAGGAACAAGCUGUCCAUCGAACAUGAGCAAGAAAUCAACGAGUGGAGACUGAUAAUUAUGAACCAACAGCAUCAAAAGCAGAAGGAAGAAGUGGACGAACUACAGAAAGAACAUGAGCAGAAACUGAAUAAAUUCAAACAGAAACUCGUGGAAGAAAAUAAAAGAAACGAGAAAGAAAAAAUGGACGAGCUGCAGAAGAAACAUGAAGAAGAGAUAAAAGAGUUGAAAAAGCAAAUCACGACGCCAGAUGAAGACGGUGACGGUGAAGAGCUGGAGGACCUGCAGAAGAAACAUGAAAGAGAAAUGAAUGAAUUGAAAGAGAAACUUCUGGCCCCAGAUGAGCAGCAGGGACCCUGUAACAUCUCAUGAGCAAAACCACCGAGGGUCCGAGCUGCUGCGUCCAGAUCUGGGGAAACAGAAAUCACAUCACGUUACAUCAGAUGAGCAAAAACAGAAUUAUUAUACAGAGAAUCAGUUGCCACUUUGCUGAAAGCAGGGACAGAGUCUAGUAAAAGAGCAUCCAGGUCAUUAUAAACAACAAGCCCCGACCACACACCUGUGUACUCAGGGCUGUAGUUCAGUACAAUCUGAAGGUAUUAGUUAAGUUUUACCAGUUUGUCUGUGUCGUACAAAAACAUCCUAUUUUUUUUACUUCAUUGCAUUUAUCAGAGAACUAUAAUUAUACUCAGGUUAAAGAGCACAGGAGUUCAGAGGAGGGGAGGUUAUAUACAGACCACAAAUGCUCUCUUCUGUUUAAGGAUGUUAAGGAUCCUGCAGUUCUCAUGUUCACCACAGGGUGUCAGUGUCUGUAAAUGUCACCCAUCACAGGAGCCUCAGGUGCUCAGGUGUCAGGCUUUAAUUUCAUUAAAACAACUUGUUGCCAGGUAAAGUUCAUACUUUCCAUCUAUGAUUUAUACCAAUAGAUAAAAUACUCCCUAAUAAAUAUAAUAAUAAUAAUAAUAAUAAUAAUUCCCUUUUCUGUUGUAAAUUUGUCUCAUUAGAUUUCUGUGUUUGAUUAUAAUAAAUAUAUCCUUUUUUUUUUUACUGGAAGAACCAUCAUGAAUUGAUUAAUUAAAUGUUGACUAAUUUAAAGUAUUAGUAGUGUAGUAUUAAUUUAAAGAAGAACGUUUUGAAAGAAAUUUCAGAUUCCAGUCCAUUUUAAAAUUCACUUAAUUUAAUUUUGAAUUCAGUUGAUUAACUUUUUGUCAUUAUGCUUUGUGUAAAACCUGUUAUUUUCAAGCUACUUUACUUUAUUUAAUCAGGAAGUCACAUUGAGAUCAACGUCAUUUACAAGAGAAACGUGAGUUCAGAAAAUAAAUGACAAUAGAAUAAAUAACAAAGUUACAGAAAUACAGAUUUCCAGUGAUUUAAAUCUACAUUCAGAUACAGAAUGUAUUCACACAAACAGGUGGACAUGAGUUUAUAUAAACACAGUGUAAAGUUAAAUGCUUUUAAAUUUACAUUAAGAUGCACAACCAGGUAGACAAUUAGAAAAGUCAGAAAAGAGAAUAAAUAAAACAGUUACAGUCAGUAAUUAAAGUCAGUCAGACUUCUGACUGAGAUAGAUAUAUUUUUAAAAUAAGAUUUGAACAUUUAAACAUUAUUCAUUAUUCAACAUCAUCAUUUAAAUCUACAGAUUAUAUUCACAUGACAUUAUAACAGGUUUAUUAAUGUUGUAUAACAGUCAGUGUUUUAGUAUUUUACUGAUGAUGUUUAACGGUCUUUGGGGGACAGGGCAGAACCAGUCCUCCUCUCUGUAACAUACCUGUUAUAAAACCAGUGACAGUGUCACAUUGAGCCACUAGGUGACACUGUUGAGUUGAACAUCAGCUGAUGAACAUGAGUGAGUCACUGACUGAAGCUCAGCAGAGAAUCAGAGGCUGUUGUUAUGGAAACACAGAGAACAGUUAGAGCCUCAUCUGCUGCAGCUUCUGAGUUUCUCCUUCUCACCAACUACAACUUCUGUAACUGAAUGUAUGAUGUCAAACGUCUGAGUUUAGACGACGGCUCUGCCCAGUGUGACAGUGGUCUGAUUAUUACAGGCAAAUAAAUCAUCACUGACGUAAAACCAGCAACUUACUGUGAUUAUUAAUAUUAUUAUUGGUGAUGAUGCGAAUGAAGAAACUGUGUUUUGUAAGUGUUCUCCAAAGUGCUGUAAAGGAAAUAUAAAAACAACUAAGUUUGGCUCUAAUAAUAAAACAUUUGAACUUCUACUUAAAUAAAAGUAGCUGUACCACAGUGUAGAAAAAUAUUCUGGUACAAGUAAAAGUUGUUUUAUGCUAAUACAAAAGUAUAUUAGCAUUAAAUUAUACUUUAAUUAUGCAGUACAAGUACCUGAAAAUGCAGUGAUUGAGUAAAUAUCUUCUGCUACAUCCCAAAACUGUAUUUUAACAGAUAGGAUAGAAAUUACAAUGAAUGUUGGUUUAUUUUUUUUAUUUAUUUUUAACACUAAUGGUUCAAAAUAAUUCAAAAUAAAAUUAAACAUCAUAAAUGCUGAAAACACACGUGUUAUAAUGAGAGACAACAGAUGUUUUAUUGCAGUUUUUAUUGUAAGGAUAACGGACCGACAUAACGGCUCCACUUCCUCUGUCUGAGCGGCUGCCCCCUUCAAAGAUCGUCUAUUGAGACGAUGACUCACCAUGGGAGAAAAAACGAAGCAGCGUUCAGUCUGAUACAGUGGGCGUGACACAGUCAGCUGCAGCUCUUCCCUCCACAGAUAUGGGAUAAAUAAAUAUUGUUAAAUAAAAUAUUGUUGCUUAUAUUAUUGAAUUAUAUACCACACUGUAAUUAAUCUGUAAUUGUUCAUAAAUAAAAAAUUUUGAAAAGUGAAAGU